AUGUUUCCUUUAUCACACGGCUGCCACCACUUGAAACUGCCUCAGCUUGAGAUGUCUUCCUCAUGGCACAAGUUCGUAGGCAGCACUGAUCUCCCUGUGGGCAACUGUACCCAAGCCAGCAACUGUGGGGAAUGUGUGGCACUGCCAGUAAAGCCCUCCAACCAUACCAAGGGGGACUGUGUAUUAAUAGCAGCAUGGAGGAAGAAGAGAGACUCCAGCAGCAGUGGUGUAAUAAGCAAACCAAUCUUCCGAAAAGAGAUUGCAAAGUUAGAAGUAACCUAUUGCCAAGAUAGGGCAAUGCCUUCUAAAGUGAAGUUUUCGAGUGUAUUGGAAUACCUGAUGGAAGAAAGCAGUCAGCAAACUUUUGUUUCUUUCCAUGUUCUCUGUGAAAAGGUGUGUGUGUUGAUUACAACACAGUCAUACAUGGGAAGCAUUUGA